UGCUGUUUUGUUUUCACUGCAACAGCUGAUCGUACGUUUUUUAGUAAAACUCUGCGUAUUUUUUGUUUGUUUUGUUUCAUUUAGUGUUUCGUUCAGACAUCUAAAAUGUCCGCUCCCAAGAACGAGAUGUACUACAGCCUGCUGGAGUGGUUCAAGACGCUCAACCUGAAUGCGCCGCACUCGGAUGCCGAGUCCCUGGCCGACGGAGUGGCGCUGGCCCAGGCGCUGAAUCAGUUUGCCCCCGAAUCCUUUACGGACUCGUGGCUGUCGAAGAUCAAGGCCAGCGCCGUCGGCAGCAACUGGCGGCUGCGGAUGAGCAACCUGAAGAAGGUUACCCAGUCGGUGUACGAUUACUACAGCGAGGUUCUCAACUACUCGCUGAGCGACUUCGCGAAACCCGAUCUGCAGCGCAUCGCCGAGAAAUGCGACCUGGGCGAGCUGGAGCGGCUGCUGCAGCUGGUCCUUGGGUGCGCCGUUAACUGUGCCAAGAAGCAGUCUUACAUUACAGAGAUAAUGUGCCUGGAGGAGGAGCUGCAGGCGAACAUCAUGCGUGCCCUCCAAGAGCUGGAGUCCACACGCACCGCCUCCUCACCGGAGGGCGGAGUGGUCACGUCACUGUCGCGGAGUUCCAUUAGCGGCAUGUUGGACAGCAAGGCUGUGCAAGAGGAGCGCGACGCAAUGGCGCAGAAGUGCUUCGAAACAGAGAAGAAAAUGCUACUGCUCAUCGACGAAAAGACCAAUUUGCAGCAGGAAUUGCAGAAGCUGCAGCAGGAGUUUGCGCGCCUUGAGCAACACUCUACGGUUAUUGGCGACGAUGGCGUCUCCUUAGGACCAGUGCAAACCGGAUCCGUGCGCUACAACGAGCUGCGCCGGCAACUGGACCUUCUCAAGGAGGAGCUCAUUCAGUCGGAGGGAGCACGCGAGGAUCUGAAACUUAAGGCCCAGCAGCAGGACACCGAUCUCCUGCAUAUGCAAAUGCGCAUCGAUGAACUAAUGAAAAGUUCGGCUGAGGUGACGACACUAAAGGACGAGGUCGACGUGUUGCGAGAGUCCAACGACAAGCUGAAGAUCUGCGAGGCCCAGCUGGACACUUACAAGAAGAAGCUGGAGGACUACAACGACCUGAAGAAACAGGUUAAGAUAUUAGAGGAGCGCAGCGCCGAUUAUGUCCAGCAGAAUGCCCAGUUCGAAGAGGAAGCUAAGCGAUAUGCCAACACCAAGGGCCAGGUGGAGCUGUUCAAGAAGGAGAUCCAGGAUCUGCAUGCAAAGUUGGACAGCGAGAGCAGCAAGAACGUUAAGCUGGAGUUUGACAACAAGAACCUAGAGGGAAAGAACCUGGCGCUGCAGCGGGCCAAAGACAGUUUGCUUAAAGAAAGAGAUAAUCUUCGUGAGACCGUCGACGAGCUGAAGUGUGGACAAUUGUCUUCGAAUUCGGCCCUAACAGGCACCACAGUCUCCCGGGAGCUGCAGCCCUCGGCUGCGGUGGAGAAGCUACAACGCUUGGAGGCGGAGAACAAGGCAUUGCGCGAGGGGCAGGGCGGUCAGACCGCACUGGCGCAACUUCUGGACGAUGCCAACAAACGCUGCGAGAAUUUGCGUGACCAACUAAAGACGGCCAAUGAGCGCAUUCUUUCCCUCUCACAUGCCUCCCAAAGCGAUGAUCCCAUCUUAAAAGAGAGCGAGUUUGGCAAGCAGAUCAAGCAGCUGAUGGAACUAAAUGAACAAAAGACACUCCAACUAGAGGAAUCGGUGACCCAAAGCACUUCGCUGCAGUGCAAGGUUACGCAGCUGGAAACGAAUUUGGCUGCCCGAGAGCAGGAGAUUCUGGCCUACGAUGCCAAGUACCGCAAGUGUGUGGAAAAGGCCAAGGAGGUGAUCAAGAGCAUUGAUCCCAGGAUAGCCAGUGCUCUCGACGCCAGUGUCUUGGAGAAGAGCGCUGCCGAGGUCGCUGAGGAGGAGCCCAAGCCCAAGAUGAGCGUGAUGGAGGAGCAGCUGAUGACGUCGGCCUUCUACAGAUUGGGUAUCAAUGCCCAGCGCGACGCAAUAGACUCGAAGCUGGCCAUCCUCAUGGGCUCUGGCCAGACCUUUCUUGCCCGCCAGCGACAGUCGGCGCCCCGCAAAUCCCUAAGUGCAAUGAAAUCAAAGUAAAGGGCAAUGACCUGAUGUAUAGGCUAAGGACUUUUCAAUACUGAGCAUAGUUCUGAUUGCAAAUUUAUAUAAUUAAUAUAUAUAAUGAAACUAUUUAUUGGACAGUUGCAUGGAUCUAUACUAUAUCGUAUUUAUAGGAAAUCACAAAAUUUAAUUUACUAAAAUAUAUCAAUAAACCCCUUAAAAUAUUCACCAUUAAAAA